AUGAGUUCAGAUUCUCAUUUUGGGAUUCCAAUAAUCGAGUUGCCAACAAAUUCAAAAGAUCUAGAUGGAGGAAGCGAUGAAUGGCGAAGUUUGUGCAAGUCAGUACGAGAAGCUUGUGAGAAUCAUGGCUGUUUCCAGGAGUUGGAGGAGUUGAACCAUGUGAUUGGUUUGACGAUCAUUGAUGGUUAUGGUUUGGGAGAGAAACGUGAGUGGUUGAUGAAAGAUUAUCAACUGCGGCGGGUGAUGAAAUAUUCAGCGCCUCCGUCGGGAGAGUAUACGAAGGUGGUAUCGGCUCAUACCGACAAACUUUGCAGUGCUCUACUUUGCGAGGAUGGGAUUUCGGGGCUUGAAAUUGAAACCAAGGAUGGAGAGUGGGUUAAGUUGUGUACGCCACCCGGUACUUUCGUCUUCCUCUAUGGAGAUCUUAAUGCGUGGAGUAAUGGAAGAAUGCAUGCAGCAAAUCAUAGGGUAAUGUUGAGGAGAACGAAUAUCGAUAUUCUUUGGGAACAUUCGCGGUUCCGGUGA